AUGGCAGAACUCAAACAGCAUUUGAAAGAUGCCAAAAACUAUUUGGCCAGUGAGGACUAUGAAUACUGCGUUGAGAGUUGCCAAGAAGCCUUGAAAAUCGACAAGAACUGCUAUUUUGCUCACGUAUUCUUGGGUAAAGCUCUUUCCUGCACCAAUGAUCUUUCAAACUCGAAAAAGCACUAUUUGGAAGCGAUAGAUGUAGAUCCAGAAAAUCUACUGGCCUGGAAGGGCCUUUUCGUGCUAUUCAAGAUCAGCAACAUUGCUCCGGCAAAUGUGUCGUUCGACGAGUAUUUCGAUUUAUGUGGGAAGUACGCUGAGCUGCUGCUGCAGAAACAGUUGUCACUGGUGGACCUUAUUAAUGACAUUCGGAACUUCAAAAACUUCUAUAGAGACUGCCAGGAGUCAUAUUUACGCCACAUGCGUCCUGGGACCCCAACGGCUGAGAUCCUGUCACGACACCUAAUACCACCUCAGGAAGCGCUUCAAGGGCUGCUCAACAUCGUCAGAGCAGACGAGCAGCAAAAGGUGUCCAAGCUUGUGAGCCGAGAAAGACUGAAAAUCAGCGCUAAUCAGCCAGACUACGAUCUGAAGGUAAACUCUAUCGCAUGGGAGGUGUACCAAGAUUCAGAGGUGGACGAGCUUUAUCAACAACUGAUCAACAUUACUGACGAUGACCAGCAACGACGCGACAAUGAAGCCAAGUGGCUCGAGUAUCGACUAAAGGUGUUAAAGUCUAUGCCAACAAACAUGAAGCAUCUGUUUUUCAUGAAAGUAAAGGGUAUGGUUGAGGAUAUGGUUGUUGUAAACCACGACUUCUUGCUAGCAUGGCAGCUAUAUUUUGAGUGGCAAGACUAUUCGAACCUUAAUGCCAUCGAUGUCAAUGUCAUUUCCAAGUUUAUGAAAAAGUUCCCCAAGGAGCCAUUAGCAGCCGUUCUGUACGCAUGGGUAUGUUCAGAACUGUCGACUUACAACUCGAAAGAGUUUUAUGAGAGAACCUUUCAAGAGGAAACAACGUCAGGGGCUGCUUCUGCCUCAAACGCCAUAUUAUUGGAUGUGGUUGAUGAUGAAGUGGACGAAUUUGAAAGACAAAGGUUGCAAGACCUCGUCGAUCCAGGUCUUGAAGAAAACUCCUAUGGUCUUUCUGAAGAAGAAGUUCUUCUUUCGCUUACAGAAAACGUCAAGAAAACUCAACAAAGUAUUCUGGCGCACCGGAUCGUUUCUCAUUACUAUUUAUCCUUCCAUGAAUACGAAUCUGCUUUACAAUAUGUCAAAGCAGGUACAGUAUUGUGUGCUCAUAAUGUUAAGGGAUUGGGUGCGCACCUCAGUAACUCUAAGAAAGAACUUACCUUGGAUUUGGCAACCACAUACACCUAUUUCGAAGCACCAAAAAAUCACUCGACUGCGCUUGCUUUGUUUGAUAAGCUAUUGUCGGAAGAUAGCGAUAAUGUAAACGCCAAAAUGGGCAAAGGUCUGAUUUUCAUAGAGAGGCAGAAGUGGGAAGAAGCCUUCGCUCUUUUGAAAGCCGUUUCUGAGCGUUUCCCCGAUAAUUAUGAGGUGCUCUCUGAGCUGGGAUGGAGUGAACUAAACUUGGGCAAGCUAGAUCUUGCAAUUGAGAAAUUCAAGUAUAUUCUGAAUAACGUCGAAGGUUCUGACUUGAAGGUGCUUGAGUUCAGAUCUCUCAAUCAUUGGAGAAUUGCAAAGGCCUAUAUCAACAAAAACAUGGAAGAUGCCGGCAAAGAAAUGUCUUCUGAUAAUAUAAAGCUUGCUUUCAGGCAACUUGUGCAAUCGGUAAAGGUCAGCGAGAACUUUGCUCCUGGCUACUCUACGUUGGGUGAAAUAUACUCUGGAAACUAUAAAGAUCCAACAAGAGCAUUCAAGUGCUAUUUCAGGGCUUUUGAGCUGGACCCUAGUGAUCUGACAGCUGCGAAAUAUAUGUGCGAAAAGUAUUGCGACUUGUCUGAUUGGACCCUUGCGGCACUCAUCGCUGAACGGGUUAUCAAAGCGGGAAAGUCAAAACGAGCUCUGCAAAAUGUCAAUUGGCCUUAUAGAGUCCUAGGUAUUUCUUGUCUCGAGAGGCAAUCGGAAGAGGAAUCAAUUGAGUGGUUUCAGUCUGCAUUACGUGUGAAUGCGUCAGAUCUGGAAUCAUGGAUUGGCCUCGGCCAGGCCUAUUACUCGUGCGGCAGAGUGGAGGCAUCCUUAAAAGUUUUUGAGAAGGCACUUGAGAUUGAUUCUGGAAAUCCCCAUGCAUUAUAUUUCAAAGCCCUGUCUUCCUCCAAAAUGGGAGAGUAUGAGGAAAGUCUCGAAAUUCUUCGAUCACUUACGAGCACCAGACCGACAGAAGAGAGCUAUCAAGUAUCUUUUGUCGAAACCUGGAUUGAGCACUCGACUAUACUUCAUUCCCAAGGGUUUUUGACGCAAUCCGCAGCCACUGCUGCCGAUGUUAUACGCCACAUUGAAAUGAUCAUUACAAAAAUUUGUCAUGAAAACCAAGCGGUAUGGCUAGCACUCUCUAAGGCAUUGAGAAUGUUCUGUUUGGUACAGUCCCAAAUACACUUAUUGCCUUUAGAGAGUUUGGUGAACAUAUUUGACAAUCUGGAGCCUAAAAACACAGAGGAUGUCGAUCAAAUUGACGGCGUUCUAUAUGCCUCGCUUUUGUCUGAUCUCGAUCAAGAUAACGUUCUUAUUGCCGCUAAAUUCUUGAUAUUGUCAGUCAAGUACUCACUGGCAUCCAGUGGCUAUGCGAAGUUAUCGAGGACCGUGCGUGCCUCUUUGUGGUACAACUUGGGGAUAGUGGAACUAAUGUCGUUCCUCAUCUUGAAAUCAAAUGCAUACAGGGAUGCAGCCAUUGCAAGUUUCAAAAAAUCAAUAGAUUUUCAGUCAAACACAGCUGAAGCGUGGGUGGGCUUUGGUAUUGCAUCUAUAGAUUUGAACGUCCGAGUUGCCCAACAUUGCUUCAUCAAAGCAUCUGCGUUGGCACCAAGAGAUACUAGUGUCUGGUAUGACAUGGCCGUUUUAGCGUUGAAGUACAAUGACGUUGAAUUCGCAAAAGAUGUUCUAAUGAAGUCACAGAGCAUCGCGCCUCAAGAUUCGACGCCAUGGCUUGGUUUAGCUCUGGCAGCUGAAAAAAGCGGUCUUACAGGAGAGAGCACCAGGUUGUUCGCCCACUCUUUUGUACUUUCAAAUGGCAAGUCAACUGCCGCUCAACUUCUAUACGCAAAAAGCGUUCUUCGCAUGAGGGUUGGUAGCGAUGACGAUGAGAGGGACCUAGGACCAUGUCAGGAACUGAGUGCUGUGGCUUAUGGCUUGGACGAAUAUCUGAAGAAAAACCCGGAUGAUAAGUUCGCUCUGCAAUGUGCAAUUCUCACGCUCGAAAGAUUACAUCAUUUUGGAGAAGCACAAAAACUUUCGGAGCGUCUUCUCGAUAUUUUAGAGAGAAGAUUUGAGAAGGCGCAAAACGACUCAGAGCUCUUCAACUUCGCUGUAGUAAAGUCACAGAUGGCUCGGGUAUAUCUUGGUUCUAAAGCGUACGACUCUGCGAUUGAGAGCGCAGAUUUGGCCCAGGGGAUCUUGAGCGACCGAGACGACGAAAGGGCGAGGAAAUCUGUCAUAUCAAAUUAUGCUGUGAUGGGGCUGGCUCAUUUUUUCUUGGACAAUUUUGAUCAGGCUUUGGAACACUUCACAAGCAUUCUCCAGCAAUCCAGCGACUGCAAACAGCUGGUCAUCAUGAUUGCCAAGGUUCUCUACAACGUUGACUCCGAAGAGACCCGUGAUGUUGCCUUGAAAGAGCUUUUGGAUUUUGUCGAUGUUCAUGGACCGGACCUGAUGGUGACACUAACUAUAUCUGCUAUUUCAGUUUUAGAGAGCCGGCCGGACGAGUUGAAAACAAUUUUAUCUGAGUUGAAAGGUCUGUCUCUGCAAACCCUCAUUCUGGACAAGCAUCGUGACAUUGCAUUACUCAUCGACAGAGUAAAUGAGAGAAUGUCCAGCAAAACAGACUCCGCGGACAAUUGGCGGAUGACGGCAUUCUUCUUUCCUAAUGACCCCAAUUCCUGGCAAGCUUUGGAUAAGAAGGUUAGGUUACGUGUAUCUACAGACGGGCAGAAUAAAAUUAGCGCCAGAAGGAUGAGCAGCUAUUACUGUGCGUUGGGCAAUGUUUCCAAAAUCCAAAGAGGGCUAUUUAUCUGUCCCUGGAACACAGAGGGGCUUGCUAAACUUGAGGGCUGUUUUUGA